GAGCACCUCUUUCUCACUCAGCAAUCUUAUGUUGUAUUUUUCUACUGGUUGAGUGUCUCUAUAAUCAGAACCAGAAUAAUAGACCGUCAAUUAUCCAAGUAGAGAAAAUAUAUUAAUCUUUAAAAAACCCAAAUAUAUUUCUUUUAAAAUUUGACAUUGAAUGUUUAUACAAACAAUAAUAAUCCUAAAACUCUUUAUUUUCAUUGAACAGGUUAUGACCCAGACCGCCCACAUCAUGGACACAGCAAGCUCCCAAUACACCACAGCAAGCUCCCAAUACACCACAGCAAGCUCCCCGUACAAAGUACAUCAAUGUUCUAAGUGUCCGGGGGACACAGCGUACCAUUGUGUAUCGUGUCCAUGUGAUCUGUGUCCCCAGUGUAAAGAGAACCAUGUAAAAGAUCUCCAAACAAUAGACCAUGAUGUUGUGUCACACCGUGAUAAAAUCAACUACAUCCCAACACAAGAGAUCUGUGUGAGACAUCCUAGCCAUGUUUAUACAAAGUACUGUGAACCUUGUCAAGUUCCUGUCUGUUUCCACUGCAGAAAACAUAGAACUCACAGACAACUAGAUGUUAAAACAGCCUAUAAAACAAAGCGACAACAACACAGAGGAACCAUUCACACCAUCAGAAGUGAGGCUCUCUUUUACAGACCUGUUCUCCUGACAGGAAUCAAAGCUGAUGUCAAAACCUGUCACACAGAAUUCUCCCCCCUUCAAUCAGAGAUGUUAACAAAGGCCCAGAGACUGAAGCAUCUCAUUGACUAUGUGGUAUAUGAUCUAUUGAACAAUGUGUUAUGUUACUUUGAUUUCAAACACAGAUGUAAAAAACAAAAGAUAAAAAUGAUCAGACAUAUUGUCAGACUAAGGAGAUAUGAACACAGAUAUGUACAGCCAGCAUUCACAUUCAGUGUGCUACAAUUCCUCUCAUUCACAAAGACAGCCCUCCGUAAAAACAUAAAGACAGCCCUCCCCCAGAGACAUCUUACACUCCACACCAGCCAGCUCUCCAUGACUGAGUCACUCAACAAGGAGGAUGUGAUGGAGUCACUGAGUGCAAUCCAAAUCACAGAGAGAGGAAACCGACGCGUAGGAAACCAGUGUCUGCUGAAACUGACGUCUGGUGCUGAGCUCCAUCAAUCUCUCACAGUGACAGGUGUUGAUGGUUGUUUUCACAUUUCCUGUGUGACAUCAGACCGGGUCUGGGUCACUGGUUAUAACAAUCUCAUGUUGACAGACACAACAGGUGUCCCUCUACAUCGUGUGAAGGAUUCAUGUUGUGGUAAUGGAUUACACACAGUGAACAGUGAGAGUGAACUGAUUUAUAUAGAUAGGAAAUAUAACAUCAACAAACUGUCAAAGGAUAUGAAAACAACCACCACAUUUAUAGAGAGAACAGACUCUACAUGGGUACCACAGUGUGUGUACUGGUCCCCGUCCACUGGGGAUCUACUGGUCGGGAUGUAUAACUAUGAUAAAAAGACAGGCAAGGUAACCCGGUACAACCAGAGUGGACAACUCACACAAACCAUACAGUACAACAACACAGGACGGGGACUGUAUAGACAACCUCGCUAUAUAACAGAGAACAACAAUGGGGAUGUCGUGGUGUCUGACUCAUUCAGUGCUGUAGUGGUGACAGAGCGUGGAGGAAGACAUCGUUUCUCCUACACAGGACAUCCAUCAGGAUCACGACUAUAUCCACGUGGAAUCUGUACUGACGCGCUGUCACACAUCCUGGUGUGUGAUGUUACAACAGUACAGAUGAUAAAUAAGGACGGUCAGUUCCUGUCACAUCUACUGACAGAAUCACAAGAGAUGCGUGUACCAUGGAGCCUGAGUUAUGAUGUCAACACUCACCGUCUCUGGGUCGGAUCACUGGACAACAACAAGGUGUAUGUCUACAGGUAUAUCACCAGACAGGACGCUCUGACAGAUGAACACAGACCCCGUCCUGAUGGAGACACACGAUACACGACACCUCCUCACAACAAAACUCAUCAACUAAACGAAAAUAAACACAGACCCCGUCCUGAUGAGGACACCAUGUCCAGCUCAACACCAGCCGUAUAAUGGAGAUAGCUGGGAUAUUGACAGAAAAGCUGCUUUUUUAAACGCCUUCAGGGGGAGACAGUAGAAAACCUGCCCGGAUUACCCAUAAUUCCAAUAGAGUUACAGAAGCUAAAUAAUUACCGGUCAUCAACGGACUUUGUGUUCUGUGCGUGAACUCUACAUAAACAACGUUUCAUGAAUGGACUCUGUAUCUGUGUAGGUGAACAAAAAUAACGCGUCAUCAAUGGACACUGUUGCUGUGUAUGUGAAAUCUGCACAAAAAUAACGCUUCAUCAAUAAACUUUGUAUCUGUAUAGGUGAAAUCUGCAUAUAUAACGCAUCCUCAAUAGACUCUGUGCUCUGUGUACCUUAUCUCUUUAUGAAUAAGGCAUCAUCAAUGGAAUCGGGUUUUUUUUGUGUAUGUGAACUCUACUGUAUUUGUUAUCAUACGUUUUUUAUUAAUUUUAUCUUAGUGUAAAUUUUGUCAGUAUAUAAUAUGUUUUACAUAUCUAAGCUCCUGAAAUUUCUGGUAUCUUUCGGUGCUAGGACGGAGAUGUCCAUUAUAAUUGUAGCCAAUGUGUCACAUGUUGUUGUUUUUUUCAAUUUUGAUUUUUACACAAAUAAUCUUGUAUGUUGUAGUAAACAUUAUAUUCAAAGGGGAAUAACUCAAAAUUUGUAUUUUUCAGUCAGGAUGAAAAAACAGUUAUUCCCCUUGAGAAUGAGAAAUGAAUUUGAUGGUGUUUAUCCCUGACAGUUUUAUUGGUAGGAUUGAAUAUCAGUUAAUGUAUUUUUACAAUAUAUCGUGAUCAUUUGGAAAGAAGUGAUCUGAUAAGCUUUUGAUAAGAAUUUGAUAAGUUUUAGAUGGUUUUUUAUACAAUGUUAUGUAGUUUUAAUUUCAAUAUAUUAAUAGUUGAUGUUAGAUUAAUUCAUUAAGUUUGAGCUGUGCAUGUGUAACAAUUGGUGCAUCAUAUAUUGCUUGUUGUGCUCAAAAUGUAGGUCACAAUGACCCAAUUAGAAUUAUGGUAGUUUAUGGUGAAACUAUUUUAGAACAUAUCUAUUUGGAAAAAAAAAACAAACUUGUGUUUUAGAAAUGAAGUACCAUUAAUCAUACCAGGAGUCAUUUACUCAUGUAUAUCAAUGUGAAAGUAGGUCAUGAUGACCUCAAUUUGUAUUUAGCAAGCUGCUAAUCCUAUGUGUUGUUAAUGGUGUUUAAGCACAUUUCUCACACUCUGUAUCUCUGUUGACCAGAUAGAUAGGACAACUCAAGUUAAUGUCAUUUUCUUUUGAGAAUUUUUUUGUUUUGUUUACGCACACAAUGAACGUGAUGAAAUACAUUUAUAACGUAUAUAUAGUAUUAUGUUUAUUUUUAUUGUGUUUACACUUACCAUGAAAAACAUAAUACUUGUAUACAAAUGAUGUUUGGGUAAAUGUAGCGAGCUGUAGAUAAAAGUCAAUAAACUUAAAGUGACAUGUC